UGCAGGAGUGGCUCAGUCCCUGGUUAACCUUGACAUACAGAGGGAGGGAGGGAGAGAGAAGUGCAGCACAAAUAGGUAUGUGGCACCUCCACACACCUGAGAUAUGAGAAUCACAUUUUUACUGGUUGCCAAAGCCAACUCUGCCAGUUUUGCACAAAAGUAACAACGUCUAACUCAGUGUCUCGUUCUACCUCACGUUUUCUCCAUAUUGAUCUUUGCCCACAAGAGUUGAAGAUACUGUUCAGUGACGAACAAAUCAGACAUCAGACGAAACAGGAGUGACUGAUCCUUCUUGUUGGCUCCAUGGCAGAAAAUAACUAUAGCUGGUGGAAGUUAACCUUCCUUCGAAAGAAAAAAUCAACUCCAAAGGUAUUGUAUGAACAUCCAGAUAUUUAUGGAGUGGCCAAUGAUGAGAGUCUACAAGAGGGCAUGCCAGCAGAUGGGAGCAGUGGAAGCCGCAAUGAGCAGGAAUUCAAUGCCCGGCUAGAGAAAAUUGUGGACAAAAGCACCAAAGGGAAACAUGUCAAAGUUUCCAAUUCUGGACGCUUCAAAGAAAAGAAGAAAAUCAGGGCUACUUUGCCCGAAAACCCCAAUUUCUUUUCUGAUGGGGAACGGGAAGAAAAGUAAUGGCCAAGUGAAGGAGAUGCUUUUCAUAAGCCCUUUUCUGAGGACAUUUCUCUGCUGAAGAGAAGCUGAUGUUGACAGAUCAGGUUCAUUACAUUUGCUAAUGAAGUUAACGAGGGAGUCCUCUGAAACUCAAGGAUCAGAUCCUGAUUUUCAUGUGAAGUUUCCCCAAAGGAUGAACAUUGUUCUGUUUUGUUUUCCUCUUUUUUAAUUUAAGAAAAAACAAUGCAAGAUUUGUAUCAAACACAAGUUUAUGAGGGACUUAUAAAUGAGAAAGGAAAAUUGAGAGGUAGAGAACAUACACAGAAUAGGGAACAUACACAGUAUUGCUAAAUUCAGAUAAAUUACCCCUCCUUAGCUACCUUGUUAACCUUUCUAAUCGGAGUAAAUAGGAAAUGUUUGUUUUUGCCUCUCAGGAUGCCCAGCUCUUGGCACACUUGGGCAGCUGCUCUGAUAGGCCUCAUUGGUACUGGUACCUGCUUUCAUCUUCCUACUCUCCUCCCUGCUGAAAGCUUUCUUGCAACAGCAGUUGAAUCUGACCAUCACUGAAAAUUAUCCAAACAUUCACCUUAUAUAGUUGUGUUCUAAAUCACGAUAGAAAAUGUAGAUGGGAAAUGUUUUUUAUAGAUUAAGUUGCUUCUGCUAGGUAAGCUUUGGUCGCCUCUUAGAUACCAAUAACUGAGGCCAAUAAAUCUGAUGUACAUGGAAAGAUUCUACAGCAGUUCAUACAAAUCUUUAUUUUUAAGAAACUUGAAAACUAUCUGCUAAUUACCAGCAGUCAGCAUGACCUGUCAAAAACAAAUCUUGCCAAAUGAACUUAAGUAAAGGUUUUGUUUAGACAGAAUCCUUAGAUUGAGGGAAUGCUGGAGAUGUAGUUUAAAUUAAUUGCAGAAAAGCACUUUACAAAACAGCCCAUAUUCUGUCUAGCAUGCUACUUGAAUGUGAACAGGAUGGGUGGCUACACACCUGACUCAAAAAUUGAGCUCAGGGUACUAAUAAGUGGUUCCUUAUCAAAUUGGAAUAAGGUACUAUAGGAAGAAAAAUCCAGUCCAGUUCCAAGCCAGGAAAAAGGUACUGGAAAUAAAAUGGAGGCUCAUUGGCUGAAAGGAAAGAAGGUUUAUUUGGUUUCCAGAAACUUCAGUGACAACAGCAAUGUUUCUGGGUUGGCAGAUCCCUUGGCUGAAUGAAUGGAUGGGUCUUUAUAGGGUUCUGGGAUUUUGUGAUUGGGAUGUUCUAGGGCAGGGAUGUCAAACUUGCAUCCUCAUGUCAUCAUGUGACGUAUAGCGACUUUCCCCCCCUUCACUAAACCGGGGGUGGGAGUGGCUAGUGCUUGAUGCACCUGGCCCGUGGACCUCGAGUUUGAUGCCCCUGCUCUAGAGGUGUGUGCAAUGUAGUGACUUGCUAGUCUAAUGAUGGUGGGUUAAUCCUAAAAGUCAUGUCCUGUAUUUAGAAUUUGGGUGGGGGAUGUAAAUUCUUAAUCCCUUCAGCUGUAAGAGCUGAAAGUGUUUUGUUUAUGAAUAGAUUGGCCCAGUGUUUCUUAAUAGGUACAAAAUAUCUAUCGCUUAAGACUUCAGGCUUCUGCUUGAGGCUAUUAAGAAAAACUGGGGCUAUUUUCUGCCUUUUUAAUAUUUUUUUCUGAAUUUCUCCUUUGAGGAAAUAUAAUAUUCUGCCUCUUUUUAACAUUAAUAAUAAAGAAUAUUUUAAUCUGGGAAAGGAGGGCUUCCUACAGUACCAUGUGUGUGUGGGGAAUAUCCUAGAUCCUGAACUCUGAAAUAUUUUUAUUACUUGGAUAAAGAGACGAAGGGAAUACUUUCCUGAAUUUGCUGAUGAUAUAAAACUGGAUAUGAUAUCUUUCAGAACAGAAAUAAAAUGUACUAGUUUUUAUAAAAGAAAUGGGAUAAAAAUAUUAAUAUUAUUUAAUAGAGAUAUUGCAAAAUUAUUUUCUAAGGAAGCAAAAAUUACAGUACUAAUAAAUUGUAAACUGAAUAUGGGAUUUGGGUCAACAAUGUGAUAUGCCUGAGGG